GUAAAAUUAGUUUCAUGAACGUAAACAAGAGGAUAUAUACAAACCCGAUACAGGUUCUAUUACAUAUUAGGUGGUGGUCAAGGUUGCAAAUGGUAAUAUUACCAGACCAGCUAAUCGCACAGCAAAUCAAGACUAAAACAUGCAGAAAAAGAAUAAAAGAAUGGACAAUAUUGUGUGGUUUAUUGAUAGGAGUAGGACUACUCCUUAUGUACAGUUUGAGAACUCCAACAACAAGUACUGGAAUCACAGUUCAAGUGGCAAGUUUGAGGAGUAAUGAAGGAGCUGCUACUGUUACCUUCUGGGGAAGAACAGGGAACCAUAUGUUUGAAUAUUCCACCCUGAUAGGCAUUGCUAAGCGUAACAAUGUAACUCCAGUGUUAAUAGAAGGUACAGGGUUGUGGGAUUGUUUUGAUUUACCUAUAAAAAUGGGUAAAAAGUCAGACUUUAAAGACAGUAGAAUAUUGACAGAAUACAGACCAGGUUAUUAUACUCCAAGACUUGCUAAACUAGAUCCUAAAGAAAAGUCAUAUAUACAGGGAUAUCUACAGUCUUUUAAAUACUUUGAUGAUGUAAAAUCUGAAUUAUUACAUAAACAUUUUAUAUUUAAACCUCAGUACGCAAAUAAAGCAAAAGAAUUCCUAGCAGAUACUCGUAAAAAACUGAACAAAGAGCAUGCAGUGACUAUAGGAGUACAUGUAAGAAGGGGUGACUUAGUGCGACAGAAUAGAAAAGGGUAUGCUGUACCUCAUAUUCCCUACUUUUAUAGGGCUAUGAAUUACUUCAGGAGAAAGUACAACGAUGUUUUAUUUAUCAUAUGUACAAAUGAUUAUCAUUGGAGCAUGGAUAACUUAGAUGAUGGACCAGACAUAUAUUAUUCUCCAUUUUACUCAGCAAGUUUGAACGGGUAUUUAGAUCUCGCCAUAUUGGGCAGUAUGGAUCACAUGAUCAUGUCAGCAGGAUCAUUUUCUUGGUGGGCAGGUUACCUUACUGGUGGAACUGUAAUCUAUUUCCAUGGUUACCCAAGAGAAAACACAGUCAUGGGAAACACAACAAACAAACCAGAUUAUUAUCCACCUAACUGGGUUCCGUUAUAAACAUUCUUGCCUGUAAGUUUCAGUGCCAUUCCUGUUGAACUGUAGGUGUAGCAAUUGUAUUGAGGACAGAGAGAACAGAGAAUAAAAAUUAAAAACAUCAAAGGUUGUAACAUACAACAUCUCAGAGAUAGACACUCCAGGUUCAUUUAUAUAAAACAUGGUGCAUAGCAAAUGAUCAUUAUAAGAGCUCAAUUAAAAAAGGAACCAGAAAAAAACUAGAAAGUGUUUUAACUUUAUAUCAAUCAUGUAUGUAACUGUUUAGGUUUUGGCUUGUUUUCAUUGUUAUGAUGUUCAUCAUAUAACAGGCUAUUAUUUUAACUUAACUUUUGAUUAUGAAAUUUGCAUAAUUUCUUGUGCAUGUUGUGCUUGAAAUUUUUAAUGAAUUCCAUGUUUAUUCUGUAGAGAUGCUUCCCAUGCUAAUAAUUUUAAUGUUACAUUUUUUUAACAGGUGAUAAAUUGAGGCACCUGUGAGCCAUCUAGUUUUAAAAAGUAUCUCCAACAAUUUCACAUUUACAUGAAAAUUGAGCAAAUGAAUUAAUAAACGUAAAAAUGGUGCUAUUAUUACUAAAGAUACUUUCAUAAUACAUGUAAUAUUGUACUCAUAUUAUUUUUACUAAUGAUCAUGUUAAUUUUGUUUUAUUUAUUGAAUGCUUUAUUUUAUUUUUUUAAACAUAAAAUUUGUCCUCUUGUAAAACUAUUGUUAUGAUAAUGAUGGUUUUGUUCAAGUUCACAUGUGUAGAACAAAUUUUAUUUUGUCAUUGACUUGCAUGCUUGUGGUUAAAGGUUCAUUUGACUUGUAGAAAUUAGAAUCAAAUCAUUGUGUGUUCUUGUGAAACAUUAAAACACUGAACUAUUGGGUUUUUUUUUCAAUAAAAGUAAA